UUCACAGCGACGAGGCGGUCUCGGUCUUCUGCACUGGACUCGACGUGGCGAAAAAACGUCUUCUGUUUUCACUCAUCUCUUCCCCAUUGUUAGGAAAUGAUACCAAACUGUCUCAGGAACGUCGCCGUGCAGUCGUCGAGACGAAAUGUGGCUUCGUUUUUCUUGAGUAAGAAAAAUAAUUAUGCCACUGAAGCCUCCUUCGAGACCAAACCUUUUCGAUUGCACAAAUUGGACCAUGGCCCAUCUACCCAGGUUACAGUGACUCGGGAUGAUGCUAUUGAACUAUUUAAACAGCUACAUACGAUACGUCGUAUGGAAACGGCUGCUGGCAACUUGUACAAAGAGAAGAUCAUUCGGGGUUUCUGUCAUUUGUAUUCUGGACAAGAAGCUUGUGCAGUCGGCAUGAAAGCUUCAAUGAGACCCCAGGAUGCUGUAAUUACAGCUUAUCGCGCACAUGGAUGGACUUAUUUAAUGGGCAUCAAUGUAUUCGGUGUUUUUGCGGAACUCACAGGCAGACAAGGUGGCAAUGCCAAAGGCAAGGGUGGCUCCAUGCACAUGUACUCUAAGAACUUUUAUGGAGGAAACGGCAUUGUUGGCGCUCAGGUGCCACUGGGAGUUGGAAUCGCUUUUGCACAAAAAUACUUGAAUAACGGUGGAGUCUGUUUAGCGUUGUACGGCGACGGCGCGGCCAAUCAGGGUCAGGUGUUCGAGGUAUAUAAUAUGGCUAAACUGUGGGAUGUACCUUGUAUCUUCGUUUGCGAGAAUAAUGGAUACGGAAUGGGUACUAGCGCGGAUCGUGCCGCGGCAAACACAGAGUAUUAUACCAGAGGCGAUUAUAUUCCUGGAAUAUGGGUGGAUGGAAUGGAUGUAUUAGCCGUGAGAGAAGCCACGAAAUUUGCAAUUGAUCACUGCACGUCAGGUAAGGGCCCUCUUAUCAUGGAAACUGUGACGUACAGGUAUAGCGGGCACAGUAUGUCGGAUCCUGGAACCAGCUAUCGUACGCGAGAAGAGGUGCAAGAGGUCCGACAGACCCGGGAUCCUCUGACCAGCUUUAAAGAGAGAAUUUUGAAUUCCAAUCUUGCUACUGCGGACGAAAUCAAAGCAAUAGAAGGUGAGAUUAGGAAAUCUGUAGAUGACGCCAUGAAAGCUGCCAAGAACGACAAGGAGAUUCCACUCAACGAGCUCACUGCCGACAUUUACACGGAAUGUUUAGAGAAGGAGAUUCGAAACACGUCACCUUUCAAUUCUCUAUCGCACACCAGACUAGGGCCAGCUGUAAAUGCUUAAAACUGCUCAAAGAUUAUUUCCUAAUUACAGUCUCGUGCCACGUCCUCACUGUUCAUAGACUUAUAAACUAGUUAUAUAGAAGUGUACAUGCACACGAUUUUUUAAAUUUGAGGCUGUAUAUUGUUUCGUCAAAAGAGAACUGAUAUAUUGUCGAAACAAAUUAAUUCGAGUGCAAUUAUUGCGUACAGAUAAUGCUCUAAUACGCAUGCGUAGCAUUGUACGUUGCAGUCAAACACGAUUCACGUGUCAAAAA